GGCAGAAAGGAGGGAGGGGCUAUGGGAAGGGAGAGCUUAGACUGUCAUCUGAGAGAGACAAAUUGUGUGUCCUCCGCUCUUUUAAAGUCUGGAGAGGGGAGCGAAAAUCCCCCCCCUCUCCCCUUGCUCUAUAUAGUAGCUUCCCAAGCGCAUCCUACAUGUUAGAACCGCUUCUGAAGAGCUCUCUCUUUGCAUGCUGCGGAAAAGGUGGUCGUUGGCAACAUGGGUAUAGUUGUAUCAUCUCUCUAUAGUCGAAUGCAACUGUUCUGAUAACUUUGUGCCGCUCUCUUUUUUGUGCCUGGCGUGUUUGUCUUUUCCCUGCACUUUUUUUUUUUAAACGAUGGUUGUGGUGUUGCGAGAGUUGCGUCCCAGGUGCCUCCCUGCUGUGUUGGUGAAUCUUGUGCUUGGGAGCAGAGGAAAUGUUUUAACCCAGGAGAAGGAGAGAUUUUAGGGUGCCUUCAUCAAUGCUUAAGCGUGGCUUGUGGCAGAACAUUUGAGGCGUCUGUCUGGCGAAGAUAUGGAGGAGUUGGCUAGAGAGAGCAUCAGCUUGUUAGCCAAACCUACUUUGGAAUCGGAUAGUCCCAAUCUCUCCUCUGCUGGGGCGGUCUUUAUCAUGCUGAAAUCUGCCCUCGGAGCAGGACUCCUGAAUUUUCCCUGGGCCUUCAAUAAGGCUGGUGGAGUCACGCCAGCUGUCUGCGUGGAGCUGGGGUCCUUGAUAUUCCUGAUUAGUGGCUUAGUGAUCCUGGGUUAUGCGGCCUCCAUCAGCACCCAGACAACGUACCAGGGUGUGGUGAGACAGAUCUGUGGGGCUGCUGUCGGGAAGCUUUGUGAGGUCUGCUUCAUUCUGAACCUCUUCAUGAUCUCGGUGGCGUUUCUUAGAGUCGUGGGAGACCAGUUAGAAAAACUGUGUGAUUCUUUCUAUUCGAAUGAAACCUUGAGUGGUGGAAUCUCUCGCCAGCACUGGUUCACAGACCAUCGCUUCACACUUUCUGCCUUGUGCGCCUUGGUUAUCUUCCCCCUCUCCAUUCCAAGGGAAAUUGGAUUCCAGAAGUACACAAGUAUCCUUGGUACCUUGGCAGCUUGCUAUCUGAUGCUUGUCAUUGUAAUAAAAUACUAUCUCCGAACCGAUUAUGUUGUCAAACAUGAUCAUUGGCGUGCCUCUGGGGUCUCCUCUUGGGCUUCUAUGUUCAGUGUUAUCCCAACAAUCUGCUUUGGAUUUCAGUGUCAUGAAGCAUGCAUUGCCAUCUACAGCAGCAUGAGCAAUAAGAAGCUCUCACACUGGGUUGUAGUGUCCGUGAUGUCCAUGCUGUUCUGUCUGCUUAUAUAUUCUCUGACAGGGCUUUAUGGCUAUUUGACAUUUGGUGCUGAUGUUGCCGCUGACAUCCUGAUGUCCUACCCAGGAAAUGAUGUGCUGGUCAUCAUAGCUCGGCUGUUGUUUGGCAUCUCCAUAGUCACCAUCUACCCCAUUGUUCUCCUUCUGGGAAGGUCAGUCCUACAGGAUGUCUGCCUGAGUUCCAAGCACAGCUAUGUUCUGACAACAGAGCCCUAUGAGAAAUGGAUGCGAGUCACGCUUACUACUGCGUGGGUCGUGGUAACGCUGGUCAUCGCCUUGUUUGUACCAGACAUCAGCAAUGUGAUCAGUGUAAUUGGGGGCAUCAGUGCUUUCUUCAUCUUCAUUUUUCCAGGACUAUGUUUGGUGUGUGCAGUGGAGAUGGAACCCAUCAAGCCGAGGACCAAGAAGCCCACAAUGUUUUUUUUUCCCGAUUGGCCCAACCGUCUUCCUAAGGUCCUGUCUAAUUAUCUGGGGAAUUGUCACUGUCCUUUGUGGAGCUUUCAUCUUUGGACAAAGCACGACAAUUGCCAUCAUGGAACUGUUGUACAAUGUCUAACCUCUAGGUGGAGACAAGAGCAAAAGUAGCAGAUUGAUGCUUCCUUGAUAAUUGUGCAGCUGGACUAUCCUGACAAGCAUUUCUCAGUGACAUGGACAGGUACUGUGCAGCUUUUUCCAGCUGGGCGUAAUUAAAAUUAUACCCACUUUUUAGCUAUCUAAUAUAGGUGAAUAAACAUGAUAUGUUGGGUGUG